UAGGUGGGUGUUCAAAUACCCUUUUUCUUCACUGAGGGUAGGAGCUGGAAGAGGUGAUGAUCAGGAUGUCAAGGGUCCAAGAGGAUUUUGCAUGCUCCUGUCUUAGUUCUGGGAGCAUACAAUUCCUGAAAGGUCGGUAGGGGGGUACCGACAAUUUUUUCAGCAGUUUUGAUUUCCAAUGCAGUCUGAAUUUUUCCUUUUUUUGUGAGGGUACAAAGCCAGACUGUGAUGGAUGAACACAGGACUCAUUUGAUACCUGCUGUGUUGAACUGCCUCAACAGCUCCAGGGAUAAUGGCGGUGAACGCAAAGGUAAAGUCCACGAACAGGAUCCUCGUAUAGGUUCUCGGAUCGUCGAGGUGUUCUAUGAUGAAGUGCAGUUCCAUGUUGACUGCAUCAUACACAGACCUGUUUGCUUGUCAGGGUGACAGGCCCGAAGUUAUUCAGACCUGAGAUUGGAGGUCGCUUGCGGACUGGGAUGAUGGUGGAACGUUUGAAACAGGAUGGUACCUUGCACCGUUGCAGAGAUCUAUUGAAGAUUUGCAUGAAGACUGGAGUGAGCUGGUCCACACAGACUUUGAGGGAGGAUGGGGACAAAAGGCCUGAGGCUGCCGCUUUGUUGACCUUUUGUUGUUUGUAGAUACAGCUCACAUUCAGCUCGUGGAUGGUUAAUGCAGCAAGGGGAGUCAGCGGUUUGAUGGUGGUCAUGGUGUGGCUGGGUGGGCAUUGAGUGUUGAAAGUGUCCUUUUCAAAUCUGCAGGAUGUGUUAAAGUUGUCGGAUAAUCCUUUAUUGUUAAAACCUUGGGAAGGAUGGUUGCUUAGAAUUGGUUAGCGAUUAUAAUCCACACCAGAUUAAUUUAGAGUCCUUAGCAGUUAACUGUUUUUCUAAGUUUACUGCAGAAUUUGUUGUUUAUCGGGGGUUCCUGAUUAUUUUUCGUCCAUCCAUUUUCUGAGCUGCUUAUCCUCACAAGGGUCACGGGAGUGCUGGAUCCUAUCCCAGCUAUCAUCAGACAGGAGGCGGGGUAUACCCUGAGCUAGUUGCCAGCCAAUCACAGGGCACAUAGAGACAAAUAGUCACAAUCACACCUAGGGGCAAUUUAGAGUCUCCAAUUCAUACAUAUUUCUGGACGUGGGAGGAAGCCAGAGUGCCCAGAGAAAACCCAGACAGGCACGGAGGAGAACAUACAAAUUCAACACAGGCGGGGCCAGGAUUCGAACGCCAAUCCCGAGAACUGUGCGGCCACUGUAAGAAGCUGCAGCCAACAUGGAAUACAUUGGCAGAGAAGUACAACAACAUGGAGGAGCCCCCUGUCUAUGUUGUAAAGGUAGACUGUGUCCAGGACACCAAGUUCUGCUCAAAUGAGCACAAAAUCCGAGGCUACCCCACGCUAAUGUUGUACAAGCCUGAGCAGACACCUAUCAACUAUGAAGGAAUGAGAGAGCUGAAGGCUCUGGAGGAUUGGAUGUUGAAGAUGCUUGAGACGGAACCUUCUUCUGAACCGGAGGCUGAACAGGAGCUACCUGUUGGUGUUCCACCAGAGUCCAAGGAUGGCAUGUAUGAGCUCACUACUGCAAACUUUAAGGAACACAUUAGCAAAGGCACACAUUUCGUCAAGUUCUAUGCCCCAUGGUGUGGCCACUGCAAAGCCAUGGCUCCUACAUGGGAGCAGAUGGCCUCCACCUUUGAGCACUCUGAUGAGAUCAAAAUAAGCAAGCUGGACUGCACACAGUACCACGAAACGUGUAUUAAGCUCGGCGUGAAGGGAUAUCCCACACUGCUCUACUUCAAGUCAGGUGAUAAGAUAGAGGUAACACGUUACAAAGGAAAGAGAGACUACGACACCCUCAAAGACUUUGUGGAUCAGAUGCUGAAUGCUGCAAAGAUGAAACAGGAAGAACCUGAUAAAGAAGCAGAGGAACAAGCCAAGGAUGAGCUUAAGGAAGAAACAAAGGGAGAAGCCAAAGAGGAGACCAAAGAGGCUAGACAGGAAGAAGCUGAUAAACAAGCAGAGGAAGAAGCCAAGGAGGAGCCACAAGAGAUAAAACUCAAAGAAGACACCGAGGAGGAGGAUAAGUCCAGCGUAUUGAACCUGACAGAAAACAACUUUGAUGAGACCAUCGGCAAAGGAUUCACUUUUGUCAAAUUCUUUGCUCCUUGGUGUGGCCACUGUAAACAUCUGGCUCCAGUGUGGGAGGAUCUUUCCAUCAAGGACUUUCCUGCUAUGACCGAUGUCAAAAUUGCCAAAGUGGACUGCACAGUGGAGCGCACCCUCUGCAACAAGUACUCUGUGCAAGGUUACCCCACCCUGAUGAUCUUCCGUGUUGGGAAGCAGAGCACUGAGUAUAAUGGCCCUCUCGAUCUGGAGAGCCUGCACCGUUUUGUCUUGAAGCAGGUGAGAAAUGAGCUGUGAGGACCCGCAUCAGCGGCUUUGCCGCCUACACUGCAACUGUGGUACCUACCAGCGGCAUGUGUCCUGCACGAACCAAACUUCACUCUCCAUUUCCUUAUGUUGACAGAACAAUUCUGGGUGUUUGGGUAUGUGAAUUUCUCCUUCUUGGUUCUUUCAAGGCCUCUACUAAAGUUUCUGAUGGAGUGGGGGAGUCUCAGUUGUUAUCUAACAUAAUUGUAGCAACUGUAUCUUAUUUUGUUAUACAUGGGAUCUGUUGUUCAAAUGCAAGCCAUUAAUUUACUUUUCAGUGUGACCUAACUCUCAGGGACAAAGCUCACUGAGGUUGGGAGCCCCUCAAAGGAGUCUGACACCAAGACAUUGGAAUCCAGUUCAGCUCCUCUUUGGUGCCCCAUAAUAUCUCCAUUAUUAAAGAGUUUUAGUUACUGCUGCUUUGGAUUAUCCGUAAACCUGAAUGGUACUUGAAAUAUCCUCAAAAGGCAAAGCCCUUUACAAAGAUUGAUGGACCCUUUUAAAACAGACUCAAAAAUAUGGAGGGCAUACGGUUGUUUUCGUUGUUUGUACUUGUGAAAGAAGUGUUUUCUGUGACUCACUGGAGUCAAGUCAUUGACUUAGUUUCUUAAAACAUACCCAAGAAGAAGUUAAAUAACCCAUUAAUCAAUAAAACCAUUAUUUUUGCUCCAUAUACUAAAA